AGCGCGCCGCGGCCGCAAACGGGCAAGGCAUAGCCAGAGCGCAGGCGGAGCACGCAAGAAGCGGCCGGCGGCGAUGGUGACGGCGGAGUCGGGCGGUGGCGCGGCGGCGGCGGUGCUGAGGGAGGUGGCGACGCUGCGGUUCGCGCGGCAGGUGGUGCUGGGGCGGUGGUUCAUGGUGCUGGCGUGCCUGCUGAUCCUGUCGGCGUCGGGGGCGACGUACAUCUUCGGCAUCUACUCCAAGGUGCUCAAGACGUCGCUGGGCUACGACCAGCAGACGCUGAACACGCUCUCCUUCUUCAAGGACCUGGGCGCCAACGUCGGCGUCAUCUCGGGGCUCAUCAACGAGGUGACGCCGCCGUGGGUGGUGCUCGCCAUGGGCGCCGCCAUGAACCUCGCCGGCUACCUCAUGAUCUACCUCGCCAUCGACGGCCGCACCGCGCGGCCGCCGGUCUGGCUCAUGUGCAUCUACAUCUGCGUCGGCGCCAACUCGCAGUCCUUCGCCAACACCGGCGCGCUCGUCACCUGCGUCAAGAACUUCCCGGAGAGCCGCGGCAUCGUGCUCGGCCUGCUCAAGGGCUUCGUCGGGCUCAGCGGCGCCAUCUUCACGCAGCUCUACCUCGCCAUCUACGGCGACGACGCCAAGUCUCUCGUGCUGCUCAUCGCGUGGCUCCCCGCCGCCAUCUCCAUCCUGUUCGUCCACACCGUCCGCAUCAUGCCGUACCGCCCCAGCCGCCGCCGCGACGGCGGGGCCUCCGCCGCCACCAGCAACGACGCCUUCUUCUGCUUCCUCUACAUCUCCAUCGCGCUCGCCGUCUACCUGCUCACCAUGAUCGUCGUGCAGAACCAGACCACCUUCUCGCACACGGCCUACGUCGUGUCAGCCACCGCGCUGCUCCUCGUCCUCUUCCUCCCGCUCGUCGUCGUCAUCAAGCAGGAGUACCGGAUCAAGAGGGAGCUCGACGAGUCCCUCCUCGAGCCCCCCACGGUGACCAUCGAGAAGCCAACAACCGCCGCCGCCGCCAACGCAGCGAUGCAAAUGUCAACAGCGAGCACCACCAAGACCAAAACAGAGGCAGCGACAGAGGAGGCGUCGUCGUCGGCACCGGCGCCGGCGCCGCCGUCUUCUUGCCUCGGGUCGUGCUUGAAGCACAUGUUCAGCCCGCCGGCGCAGGGGGAGGACUACUCCAUCCUGCAGGCGCUGGUGAGCGUGGACAUGCUGGUGCUGUUCCUGGCCACCAUCUGCGGCGUCGGCGGCACGCUGACGGCGAUCGACAACAUGGGGCAGAUCGGGCAGUCGCUGGGCUACCCGGCGAAGAGCAUCAAGACGUUCAUCUCGCUCAUCAGCAUCUGGAACUACGCCGGCCGCGUCACCUCCGGCUUCGCGUCGGAGAUCUUCCUGACCCGCUACAAGUUCCCGCGGCCGAUGAUGCUCACGCUGGUGCUCCUCCUCGCCUGCGUCGGCCACCUCCUCAUCGCCUUCGGCGUCCCGCAGUCGCUCUACGCCGCCUCCGUCAUCAUCGGCUUCUGCUUCGGCGCGCAGUGGCCGCUCCUCUUCGCCAUCAUCUCCGAGGUGUUCGGCCUCAAGUACUACUCCACGCUCUACAACUUCGGCUCCGUCGCGAGCCCCAUCGGCGCCUACGUCCUCAACGUCCGCGUCGCCGGUUACCUCUACGACGUCGAGGCGGCCAAGCAGCACGGCGGCUCGCUCUCCGGUGGCGACAAGACCUGCCUCGGCGUGCAGUGCUUCCGGAAGUCCUUCCUCAUCAUCACCGCCGCCACCGUCGCCGGCGCGCUCGUCUCGCUCAUCCUGGUCUGGAGGACGAGGAAAUUCUACAGGGGAGACAUCUACGCCAAGUUCCGCGACAACGCCGCCGGCGAUCAAGCUGCCACCAACGGUAACUUCAUCGCAGCUACAGAGAAGAAGUCAGCCAUAGUCAACGAUGAUGACAAGAAGGGGUAACACAUUAUAUACAAACAGUAGAAACUAUGCAACUGUAACUUGUUAGCAGAAAGUCAAAAGUGGUAGGCUUGCUAAAGUUACAAAUAGCAGUAAAAUUUUUGGAGCUAGGAGUAAACUUGCUUAGCUCUGUUAUAUAGUUAUGGUGUUUGGUGUGAGAUACAAGUAGUUCUAGAUUAUCUAACCAGGAUUAAUAUUGGGAAAAAAAUACGGCGCUCGAGAAAUAGAGAGAGGUACUAUGCUGAGUUAAAAUAA